UUGAUUCAAUUAUUUCGUACCUUUACUACGGCCAUGACGAACAACGACGAUGAUGCACUAAAAAUGGCGCCAGUCUUUCGCAACCCAGGAUGGAGCGAGCAGGACGUCUUGGAGUGUUACAAACUCUUCUUUGAAAAGGCUCUCGCAUUGCCCGACAUUCACAAUUUUAAGGUGUUCAACUCAAUAUCGUCUCCACUGGUGCAAGAUCUGUCGGAAGUAUUGGGCAGGUCUGUAGAUAAUCGGGCUGUUAGAGAACAAGUUCAGCGGCUAAGGAACCACUACAACCUUUUCACGAAGUUUCUCCAGAGAAUGCACUCAAAAGUCGAUUCAAAAACUGGCGAGGUUAGGGUGAACAAAUUCUAUCGGUUCUACGCGUGGCCCGAGAAAAACACUAUUGAACAAUUUCUCCGAACAACUGGCUUCAAGUGGCACAGCGGAUGCAUGCUGGUAUUUGAAAUGAGGGAAGCCGCUAAAAUUUGUUUCAACGAUGCUCUUCAGUCGACUUUUGAUGUCCCCAGCGAUUCUGAAUCGUCAUCUGCUGUAUGA